CAGCGGCCAUGGCCGGGAAAUGUUCCUUCCUGCAAUCGUGGGCAUUGCCUUCGCCGGCGCUACGCCACACAAGGAUUCGAGCAACUAUGCCCUGUUCCUUCCGGAAGCCCUCCGAAGCGUUUGAACCCUGCGCCGGGUGAGGAAAUGACGACGGAUGGCUCGACGAACAACGGGCUAGACAGCGACAACGGCGAGCAGCGCUACCAUGAUGCCAUCACCAAGGAACAACAAUUUCAGAUGUGCGCCGCCCGCACGCUGUCCGGCUUCAAACGCGAAACCCUGCACGCCGACCUCACCAACUCGAAACUGCUGGGCUAUCUCGACGUCGACGAACGCCCCUCCUUCGCCAUACACGCCGGCACCACGUCUCACCCCGACGGGCCCCUCGAACUCGUGUACAGCAAUCCGGCACUGAAGCGUACGGAAUGCCUCCUGGCUAGGGUCACGGGCCAGCAGACGGAAGGGUGCUUGUUCGUGGAGAGCGCAGCGCUCCAUUGCGCCUUCAGGAACUGGCUGCUGGAUGUGGUGGAUGAGUGUGACCUGUCCCGGCGCGGCAAUGCCUAUCUGUUCGAGGGCCAUCUCUGGACGGCGGCCAAUAUGGAACACUACAAGGUUGUCAGCGGCGUGACUGCGUGGAUGCUGUGGUCUGACCCAAGCAAUGCUCAGCUGCGCCCAAGUCUGGACCCAAAGGAGAGUGGACAGCCUAAGCAUCUCCCACUCAAGGCCUACCUACCCACAGAGCGCCCGUCUUUGCAGAGUCCGGAUGUCAAUUCGGAGCGGAAGGAGAGUCUGAAGGACAGGCCGAGUCCGGAGCGCAGCCACCAUGGGCCCUAUGACUACACUUUCCAUCCACCGCCACUCGCUACCAUGUCCGAGCACAUCAAAUACUUCCGCGACACGGAUUGGUCGCAAACUCCACUUGGAGACAUGAAAUCGUGGUCGCCUGAGCUGCGUUGUGUGGUCAACAUGACUCUCAACGAUAGCUAUCCUGCCAUACUGUUUUGGGGCGAGGAAGCCAUCAUGGUCUACAAUGAAGCCUACAUCCAGCUCCUCGGCGUCCUCCACCCUUGUAUGGGGAAGAGUGCUCGCACGCAUGCUGCCAAUUACUGGCCCACAUUCACUCCCCUCAUCGAGCACAUCAACGCAACAGGAGCUUCCUUGCGGGAACAUGACGUCCCCUUGUUCAUCGACAGGCAUGGUUUUCUCGAGGAGACCUACUGGUCCUUCCAGUUUACGCCCGUCUUGAACAGCGAAGGUCACAUCACCAGCUACUACCACCACCUCUUCGAGACCACCAAACAUCAUCUCCUAGAGCGGCGGGUGUCUAGUCUUGUGGAGAUGAGCAGUCAGACCGCGAACGCUCGAACAUUCCAGUCGUUCUGGGAGAUCGCCCUGCAGACACUGGCCCUCAACAGCAAAGACGUCCCCUUCGCGCUCUUGUACUCGGCAGAGCACCAAUACGGCUCAGACAUCAACUCCAUCUCCUCACCCGGCAGUGGUCCAAGAGGCACAUCCUUAGGCAACUGUAUCCUCAAAGGAUCGAUCGGCGUCCAGAGCGGCCAUCCUCUUGCGCCACCCACAAUCAAUGUUGAAGACCACGCCUACGUCUUUCAUUCGUAUCUUCUCGAGGCUGCCAAACUGGGCAAAGCAACCAUCAUUCACCUCGCCGACCUGAACCUCUCGGAUGCUGUCCUCUCCAGUGUCGACUGGAAAGGCUACGGCGACCCGUGUCGUGUCGUGGUCAUCUGUCCCAUCAUGCCUACUACCGGAGACAAUGCGCAAGUGGAGGGCUUCGUAAUUCUCGGCGUCAACCCUAGACGGCCGUUCGAUGAUAACUAUCAGAAGUUUGUGCAUGUGAUGUUACGUCUGUUGGCUACAAGUUUGGCUAGCGUGGCAUUGUUUGACGCCGAGGUCAGGCAGAAAGAGAAGGCUAUUGAGAACGCGGCUAACCUGCAGCAACAGUUGCUCAAUGAGAUUGAGGCCAAGGAGAAGAAGUUUCAGAGUUUUGCAGAAAGAAGCGAUGUUGCCAUCUUCAUUAUGAAUGCUGUGGGCAAGUACACGUACAGGAACAGACGCUGGUACGACAUGUUCGAGGUGGCAGCUGACGUUGAAGACGCAAUGCAAGCUUGGCUGAACAUCGGCUUCCCGGAGGACAUCGCCAAAUGCGAGGGCGUAUUUGGCAAACUGGUCAUGGAAAAAGUACCUGUGGUCUUUGAACUCAGGACCAAGAUGCUAUGGACACCGCCACCCGAACUCGAGCAGCCUGAAUGUGGAGUUUCACAGCACCACAAAUGGGUGCUCUGCUCUGCCUAUCCCGAGCUUGGACCUGACGACGAGCUACUUGAAAUCGUCGGUAGCGUGACCGAUAUCUCGAAGCAGAAGUGGGCCGAGGGGAUCCAGAAGAUACGCACUGACAGUGCGCUGGAGAGCAAACAGCACCUGGAGCAUUUCAUCGACACGACUUCGCACGAGAUGCGCAAUCCUCUUUCUGCGAUCAUGCAGUGUGCCGAUGGCAUCCUCUCGUCCUACUCCUUCAGCGAUCGCAAUCCACCGAGCCCAACAACGUAUUUCGACCUUCUCGACCAGACGCUGGACUCAGCACAGACGAUUGCGCAGUGUGCCCAACACAUGCGGCAUAUUGUCGACGACAUAUUGACCAUCUCCAAGCUCGACUCCGGCCUACUCGUCAUCACUCCCGUGGACGCUCAGCCUGAAAGCGUGGUGAAGCAUGUCGUCAAGAUGUUUGACUCGGAGGCCAAGGCUGCGGGUGUUGAUCUCUUCUUCACGAUAGACCAGUCUUAUCGCGACCUCGAGGUCGACUGGGUGUCAUUGGACCCGACACGAGUUCUACAGAUCCUGAUCAACCUCCUUACCAAUGCGAUCAAGUUCACACGCUUGGAAAGCAAAACACGUCACGUCACAAUAACCCUCUCAGCGAGCACAACGGAACCCGUAUCUACUCCUGGAGGUGUUCAAUUCAUCGAGACCAAACUUGUUGGGGACAAUCACCACUUAGAGCAGGACUGGAAGCAAGGCAGCAUCCAGUUCAUCCAGUUCUCAAUCAGCGACACGGGUCGCGGCCUGACACAGGAACAAACAACGUCCCUCUUCGAACGUUUCUCUCAGGCCUCACCACGCACACACGUACAUUACGGAGGUUCCGGUCUCGGCUUGUUCAUCUCGCGACGACUGACCGAGCUCCAGGGUGGCUCCAUAGGUCUUGUAAGCGAGUACAAGAAGGGAAGCACAUUCUCCUUUUACAUAAAAGCCCGACGCGUCGAACCUGCCUUGCUACGGGAAGUCAGGUUGCCCGAUGAAUUCCCUGAGGACAUCAGACAUCGGAGUCAGAAGCCGUCUUUGAAUCUGCCCCGUGAUCCCAGACCACCAAUCAUCCCAGGGGUUGUGCGAGAGAACAGCCAAUCCUGGCGCCAUGGCGAGCACACAAGUCCGGAUCUCACUCCCCCUUCUCCUCCUCCUCCUCCUCCUCCACCAUCGGUACCACAUGCAGCUUCAGCUCCCGCAGCCGUGCCCACUACAGGAGCCCUUGGUCUUCCGCCGCCCCUCGAUUUUGCCGAGCUGAAGCGCACAAAGAGCAUCUCCGAAACACUACACGUCCUAGUAGUAGAAGACAACCUCGUGAAUCAAAAGGUGUUGGCCAAGCAACUGCAAAACCUGGGCUGCAUUGUCAGCGUCGCGAACCACGGACGAGAAAGUCUCGAUUUCCUCCCAAAAACCACGCGAUGGAACCACAACGCCUACAUGGCACGCUGCGAGGAGCGCCGCGCCUUAAUCCAAGUCCCCUACCCCCCCGACGCAAUCUCCCUACUCAACGUACCCGAAGGCGACGAUGCGCCCGUUGAGCUGUCAUUGAUCUUGAUGGACUGGGAGAUGCCGAUUAUGAACGGGCCCACCGCUGUGGCUAUGAUUAGGGAGCUGGAGAAAGAUGGUUUGUUGAGUGGUCGUGUGCCGAUUAUUGGGGUUACGGCAAAUGUCAGACAGCAGCAGAUUGAGACGGCGAUAGAGGCGGGUAUGGAUGAUGUUGUGGGAAAGCCGUUUAGGGUUGCGGAGUUAUUGGCGAGGAUGAGGGGGAUUGUUAAGGGGGUUGGGGGGCCUGGGUGA